AUGGACAAGCCUUUGAUCCCCAAGGGGGUCGUGGAAAGUGUGGCACGAUUAGAGGAUCCAACCGAGUCCCCUUCGGAGUACGAAGAAGCACCCAGUUAUCGGAAGUUUGUGUAUGAUACGUUCCUAUGGAUUUUGACCAACAUUUUCAACUGUUUCUUCCGAGAAAUUCGGAGUAGAGGCCGCUUCAAGAUCCCAAGACAAGGUCCUGUCAUUUUUGUUGCUGCACCGCAUGCAAAUCAGUUUAUCGACCCGGUCAUUUUGAUGGGACAGGUGAAAAAGGCCGUUAAUAAACGGAUUUCGUUUUUGGUUGCGGAAAAAUCGUUGACCCGGCCCGCAAUUGGCACUUUUGCUCGUUGUGCAAUGUCUAUUGGUGUUGGACGUGCACAGGACAAUUUGGCCACCGCGCAGGGCCGAGUCUCGGUCGAUCGUGAUGACCCGAGAAAACUUGUUGGACAUGGAACUGCGUUCUCAAGAGAUUUUACAUCGCAGGGUAUGAUUGGGCUGCCAAAAUCGCUUGGAAAUGGUAUUAUCGAGUCAAUUCAAAGCGACACGGAGCUCACGUUGCGUAAGGAGUUCAAAAUGUCCAAACCGGAAGUUAGACAUCUUUUGACAAAGGGCACUGCUUUCAAAUACGCUCCCAAAGUUGAUCAAAAGAAAGUUUACCACCGCGUAUUUGAACAUCUCGCGCACGAUCAAUGUAUAGGCAUCUUCCCAGAAGGUGGCUCUCAUGACCGCACGGAUCUGCUACCUUUGAAGGCAGGCGUCGCAAUUAUGGCCCUGGGUUGCAUGAGCAAAUACCCGAAUGUGAACGUAAAGAUCGUACCAUGUGGAAUGAACUAUUUUCACCCUCACAAAUUCAGAUCGCGUGCCGUGGUCGAGUUUGGCAAUCCUAUCGAAAUCUCAGCGGAACUGGUACACAAAUAUCGGAACUCAGAUACUAAUCGUGACGCGGUUAAAGAGCUAUUGGAUACCAUUUCUGACGGCCUGAAGGCCGUCACUGUCACUUGUCCCGAUUACGAGACGUUAAUGGUAGUUCAAGCCGCUAGACGACUUUAUGCGGGCCAUUUAUCUGCGAAAUUGCCUCUUUCUAUGGUGAUUGAGAUGAAUAGAAGGCUGGUGAAGGGUUAUCAAACGUACAAGGAGGACCCUCGUAUAAUUCAGUUGAAGGAAGAUGUCAUGAAAUACAACGCCAAUUUACGUCAUUUCAACAUCCCUGAUCAUCAAGUCGAAGGCGCCAAAAUAGAUUUUGCGAAAAACUUGAGUAUCUUGGUGCUGCGAUCCAUCCGAUUGUGCGUGUCUCUUACGCUUGCCUUACCGGGUAUAAUAAUGUUCUCACCGGUAUUCAUUGUUGCAAAGAUUAUCUCCAAGAAGAAAGCUCGUCAAGCCUUGGCAGCGUCAACGGUCAAAGUUAAGGCUAAUGACGUUAUCGCUACUUGGAAGAUCUUAAUUGGAAUGGGGUUUGCACCCUUGCUAUACACGUUCUGGUCCGUUCUGUUGACCUAUUUCUUCAGACAAUCAAUUACCAAGAACAAGUUUGCAAGCUUUGUGGGAAUCUAUAUUCUUUGCUCAAUUGUCACGUAUUCGGCAUUAAUUAUCGGUGACAAUGGGAUGGACGUUUUCAAAUCCUUGCGUCCUUUGUAUUUAUCGAUUACCACUCCAGAGGCCAUCAAAAACUUGCAAAAGGAAAGAGCGGGACUCGCCGAGAAGAUCACCGAUAUUGUCAACACGCUGGGACCCGAGAUUUUCCCUGGCUUUGACGCUGGAUCAUUGCUUGACAAGUAUCAAAAUGGUUAUACGGACGUAGACGAGGAGGACGAGGACAGGAAGACAACAGAGCUCAAGAGAAGAAGACUAUUACGUAAAAAGAAGGAAGCCGGUAAAAUCGAAACUCGCCAGGACACUGGUGUCACUGAAGAUGAGAGUGACGCCGUUUCAAUGAUCAACAGUGACAACUCUUUAUCGAAUAUUCCUUUGUUUUCUAAUACUGGGCGAAGAUCUAGCUCUAUUACAUCUUUGACCUCUUUGAGCUCUGGAUUUGAAGUAGAAGUAGACGGACUGAAAGGGGACGAUUUGUCAAGCAAGGUCGUCAACGCCGUGCGCGAGAAGAGAAGUUAA